AUGGCGACAACAGGUCUAGCAUCCUCGUCAACCGGAAAGUUCGACUCUGUGACCGCUCCAAAAGCAUCGUCCUUACCCGAUGACAUAGUCAGACAGCUUCUCGUCAACCUCGAUGACAAGAUCAAAAAUCUCAAGAACGACAAAGAUUUUGAUCUUGAAGGUAUCCUCGCCUAUCAAAGAGCUGCAAACUACUUGUCCGCUGCGCAGAUCUUCCUCCGAGACAAUGGACUUCUGACUAGAGAUCUUAAAACAGAGGAUGUGAAGAAACGUCUCCUAGGUCAUUGGGGAACCUGCCCUGGGCUCAACUUCGCUUACGCUCACACUAACAAUCUCAUAACACAACAUGAAACCGACGAGAACGCACCUUAUUUCAUGUUCUUGACUGGUCCAGGCCAUGGUGCUCCCGCUCUUCUCUCCACGUUAUUCAUGGAAGGCGCCAUUACUCGAUUCUAUCCAGAAUACCCCAUGUCCAGAGAAGGCCUUGAAAGUUUCAUAAGAGCUUUCUCACUUCCUGGAGGCUUUCCAAGUCAUGUCAACGCUGAGACUCCUGGUGCCAUUCACGAAGGUGGUGAGCUCGGGUAUUGUUUAGCUGUCGCAUACGGAAGUGUGAUGGAUAAACCCGAUCACAUAACUGUCGCUGUCAUCGGAGAUGGAGAAAGUGAGACUGGACCUACUGCAACAGCUUGGCACGCACACAAGUACCUUGAUCCCGCAGAGAGCGGUGCUGUCAUUCCCAUCCUCAAUGCUAAUGGAUUCAAGGUCGCUUGCUUGUUCACUGGAUAUGGAUAUCAAGUACGAAUAGUCGAGUACCAGGGAGCUUCUUCCGACCGGGAGCACGACGUUUCCAUCAACUACGACAUGGCUGUUUCAAUGGAAUGGGCUUACCAAGAAAUCAGGAAGAUCCAGACAGCAGCGAGAUCAGGAAAGCCCAUCACCAAGCCCCGAUGGCCCUUGAUCUUCAUGAGAACACCUAAAGGAUGGACCGGACCUCGAAAAUCCGAGGGAAAUCCUAUCGAAGGGAGUUGGCGAUCACAUCAAGUACCCUUGCCCAAGGCGGCUACAGACGAUAAGGAAUUUGGACUACUGCAAGACUGGCUCAAAUCGUACGGACCUCAGGACCUGUUCCACACAGAUGUCACCUCUGGUGCAUCGAAAGCUCACAACUCUGUCAACAAAGCAUCGGGAAUCAUUGAUGAUGUUGCCCUCCGGAUCGUUCCAAAAGAUCAGCAAAGACGUAUGGGAAUGGUUGACGCUACUUACCGGGGGUUCACACCGUUGGAAGUUCCGGAUUGGAAAGACUACACUCACGAGCUUGGCGAGCCAGUAUCCAACAUGAAAGCUGUCGGUGCAUAUGUAGCGGAGAUCAUCAAACGGAAUCCAACAAGCUUCCGAAUUUUCUCACCUGAUGAAAUCACCAGUAACAAACUAGACGAUGCUCUGCAAGUUAGUCACCGAAACUUCCAAUGGGAUCCCGAGACCGCCAAUAAUGGUGGAAGGGUCAUUGAGAUGCUCUCUGAGCACACCCUUCAAGGCUGGAUGCAGGGCUACACCCUCACCGGUAGACACGCUUUAUUCCCUUCUUACGAGAGUUUCCUGGGUAUUGUUCAGACCAUGAUUGAGCAAUACGCCAAAUUUGUGAAAAUGGCACUCGAAACCAAGUGGCGAGGAGAUACUGCUGGUAUGACUUACAUCGAAACGAGCACUCUCUGGCGCCAAGAGCACAACGGGUACUCCCAUCAGAACCCUGGCCUUAUCGGCUCAUUCAUCGCACUUCCUCGACACCUUGCAAGAAUCUACUUGCCAGCCGAUGCCAAUUGUAGCGCCGAAAGACAUUGCAUCGCCGGCGCUUCAGUAUGGACCAACUACUCGUCAGACGGUGGACGUGACCCUGACGUAGUACUCGUCGGUUGUGGUGUCGAGGUCACUUUCGAGGUCAUCGCUGCCGCUGCCAUUUUAAGAAAUGUUGGCGUCAAAGUCCGGGUAGUCAACGUCAACGAUCUGUUAAUCCUUGGUGCUAUGGGAGUUCACCCGCACGCUCUCUCUCCCGACGCGUUUGACAGUCUCUUCACUGCGGACAAACCUGUCAUCAUGAAUUUCCAUGGAUAUCCUAAAGAUUUGGCUAGUCUGUUGUUCAGCAGAAAUGCCCAUGUCGGCAGGUCGAGAUUCGAUAUUCUUGGUUAUGUCGAAGAAGGAACAACUACUACCCCUUGGUCGAUGUUACGACUGAACAGUACUUCCCGAUUUACUCUUGCGGGCAUCGCCGUUCAACGUGUAUCUAGAGAUAGUCCAAAUCACCGGGUCGCGAUCAAAACGCACGAGCUUCAAAGCUAUUGGCAACACCAGCUCGUACUGCAUGACCGAUUCACUAAAGAACAUGGAGAAGAUCCAGAAUGGUGCGGAGAAAUCCCAGAGCUCGACGAGAAUGCAGCUUAG